AUGGUCCAGGAUAAACCAAAGGUGUCCACAUCCAAAAAUACAUCUUCCCCCUCUGACUUUUGUGCUCCAUCAAAACCUGUUACACCUAAACUCGUAUCUGCCAAAACUGUCCUUGAAAAGCUCCAAUUCCAAGAUGGGGGCUUUUAUGUUGGUACACAGAACCUUGCUCGUCGAGUCGAAUAUUUUCAAGGAGGGCAUGAAGGUCUUGAUUCCAUCAAACUUGUUCACCAUUUAUUCACGCCAUUGAAAUCAACUGAGGGCUCAGAAGAUCAAGUUGCUGUUGAUCCAGAAGAUGAUGACACUUUGACCAACACCACUGCAGACCUUACAUCUGAUUUUGAGAUGACGAACUGGCCAGUUGCAGAAUGCUGCAAAUCCCAACUUGCAGACCUUGUGCAAACACACACCAUCAAUCCUCUCCCAGCAUACAGCCUUGACCGCAAACUCAUGCCACCAGCCCAAUACAAGAGUAAAUUAUGUGGUGCUGUCAUUGAAGUCCAUUUUGCAUUUUUCAUCAUCACAUCAGAAGGUCUAAGCAUCACAUCUUCAAUGCUUCCACUGAAACAACACAAACUUGGUGCCAGCCCUGCAUCUGACAUGCCUUUCAAUGGAAAGAAAUGGACCCAUAAAGAAAUUGAUAAGUACAUGACACUUGUGGGACAAGGUUGUUGCCGGCAAAGCUCAGCCUUUAUCUACCACAAACCACCCUACCAGCAGUAUUCCCAGCACAUCAGCAGUGACUUGGGCAAGCUGAACAGCCUGCCCAAAAUAGAAGUAUACCUAAUCCUUGUUGCACCUUGUGCAGUAGACAGGGAUAGACAUUCUUUGCCUAUAUACAUUAUUCUCCCUGCUAUAGGACCACUCCUCAUUGUGCUCCUCAACAUCAACAGACCACUCCUUGCUGUGCUCCUCAACAUCAACAACACUCUCACUGGCAAUAGUGUGGUGGUGCCAGAGGUCCUCAGGGUUCUCUGGGACAUUAAUGUGAAUGUUUGCUCAUUCCCAUGUCCAGCAAUCAACAUGGGUUGCAAGCAGACUAAACUGUCAACUAUCUGCCAUGUCAAAGAGUCUGUUGUACAAUCUAUGGGUGAUCUCAGGACUUUGCACUCCAAUCUUAUGAGGUUGCAAGUGGAUCACAUCAUUUAUGAGAGGGAGCAGCUUCAGAGUCACACCGCAGCCAAUCCUACUGCAUGUCAGCUUCUUGCUGAGGCAGCACUUGAGGCAGGUACCACAAAUACAGAUGCUCACUAUUUUGGAGAUUUUGACAUGGAUAGCAACCAGGACAACAUGGAGGAACAGGACGAGCAUGAGGAGGAGGAAGGAGACAAGGGGGAAUCAGAAGGCAACCCAGUAGGUGGGUGUGAGGGCUCAGCAGUCGGCACUGUAUGGGCACAAGUCAUCUAUUGGCAGAUGCAAGAUCUUGUUGCUGCCUACCUCUGCUGGAAGCUUCAUGAGGCUUCAGACAUUCCCCCAGUUGAUCCUGGGUCAUUGUCCAUGUCUUCAAUCUCCAUCCCUCAAGCUGCUGAGGAACCAGCCAAUGUUUUGCUUAUCAAUGUGGGACUCACUGGUUGCUCUCCCAUCCAGCCCACCAUAGCCAUUUCUCUCAAGUGCCUUGAAUUGUAUCAUCAGAUUUGCCGAUGGAAACCAUCAUUUAGUGUACAGGCUAUGGUCAAGGUUCCAUGUGCACUUCAUAACACACAUAAUUUCUUUUGGUACCUUAAUUUAUUGUAA